GCCUGCUGUACACAGUAUUUAAAUGCGCUUCAUUCUCUUUGUCAAGUCCAGAAAGCAGAGUGCUCACCUUCAAAACCAACACUUCAAUCAUGAACGAUUUAGACAAAGAGCAAAUUUCAAUGUUAAAAUCAACUUUUGACGCCUUUGACGUCGAGAAGAAGGGUUAUAUUGGAGUCGAUAUGAUCGGUACUAUAAUGGACCUAUUAGGAACUCAAUUAAUCGGCGAAGAACUGGAAACCAUCAUUACGGAAAUCGACGAAGAUGGAAACGGUGAAGUAAACUUCGAAGAGUUUGCAAAUUUAGCUGCUAGGUUUUUAACCGAAGACGACGAAGAUACGGAAGCUAUCCAACAGGAACUCAAAGGAGCUUUCAGACUUUAUGAUAGAGAAGGAAAUGGUUUUAUCACAACCGAUGUUCUCCGAGAAAUUCUACGAGAGCUUGAUGAUAAUUUGAGUGAAGAUGAUUUAGAUAAUAUGAUUGAUGAAAUUGAUACUGAUGGUUCAGGCACCGUGGAUUGGGAAGAAUUCAAAGCAGUCAUGAUUGGUUAGAAGUGCAUUUUGAGGUAUUUUCAGUUUAUAAAUUUUAUGUUAAUAAACCCUUUUCAUACGUAA